AUGGAAGUGUACAUUGACGACACGUUGGUGAAAUCCCAAAGGGCAGCCGAUCAUAUCGACCACCUCAAAGACUGUUUCUUCAUCUUGAACAACUACGGCAUGAAGCUCAAUCCAACGAAAUGCACGUCCGGCGAUUUCCUUGGAUACAUAGUCACUCAAAGGGGGAUCGAGGCCAACCCAAAGCAAAUAACUGCCUUCGUUGACCUUCCUAGUCCCAAAAACAGUCGCGAGGUGCAACGGUUGAGCGGUAGAAUCGCCGCCAUCAAUCGAUUUUUAUCACGAUCGACCAAUAAGUGCCUCCCCUUUUAUGAUCUGCUGCGCGGCAACAAGAAAUUCAUUUGGAACGAACGAUGCGAGGAAGCAUUCGAACAACUCAAACGCUAUCUUACAACGCCACCAAUGUUGGCUAAGCCAGACAAAGGCGAUACAUUAUACCUUUACGUUGCAGUCUCCAACGCAGCUGUGAGCAUCGUGCUCGUCAAAGAUGAACGAGGCGAGCAGCGUCCGAUAUUCUAUACCAGACAACGCAUGACCAAUGCAGAAACACAGUAUUCGACCCUCGAAAAGAUGGCAUUGGCAGUAAUGACUUCGGCAAGGAAGCUUCGGCCUUAUUUCCAAUCUCAUUGGAUCGUUAUCCUGACAAACUUACCACUGCGAACCAUCAUGCAAAACUCCAAUCACUCGGGUAGACUCUCGAAGUGGGCCAUCGAACUCAGCAAGUACGACGUCAUGUUUCAGAGUAAACCAGCUGAAAAAUCCCAAGUGCUGGCCGACUUUCACAUCAAGCUAACGCCAAAACUCGAACAAGAUUUAAAACUACCCAACGCUACCUGGAUUCUGCACGUCGAUGGAUCAUCUUCCAAUAAAGGUUCCGGGAUUGGCAUCCACCUCCAAUCCCCCACCGGCGAAUUGCUCCAGCAAUCCUUCCGACUAGGUUUCAAAGCGUCAAACAAUAAAGCGGAGUACGAGUCCCUCAUCGCUGGACUACGCCUUGCGCAAGCAAUCCAAGAAAAGCGUAUCCAAGCUUACUGCGACUCUCAAUUGGUCGCUAACCAGUUUAGCGGGGACUACGACGCUAAGAAUGAGCGAAUGGAUGCCUACCUUAAAGUCGUGCAAGACCUCAUCAAAAAAUUUGAGUCCUUCCAGCUUACAAAGAUUCCCCGCGACGAAAACGUCUGCGCGGAUGCUUUAGCGGUGCUCGGGAGCAGUCUGAGAGACCAAGUAAAGCGGACCAUUCCGAUCCAGCAGAUUGACAAACCAAGCAUCACUCUUUCACACGAUGAGAUCGACCAAGUAGUAGCGAUCGACACAACAGACGCAAUGGAUACAAACGGAUCACUCCCGCAGAACAAAUGGGAAGCUCCUCGAUUGAAAACCAAAAGCGCAAACUACGUUCUCAUCGAUGGCAGACUACAUCGUUGGACCACUGCAAAGGUUCUGUUGACAUGCCUUGGAAUAGAAGAAGCAUCGCUCGCCAUGGCAGAAACUCAUGAAGGAGCAGCAGGGAACCUUUUAGGCGGUCGGGUGCUACCUCUUAAAGUGAAAAGCCUCUGUUUCUACUGGCCGACCAUGAUCGCUGAUUGCGAGGCGUACAGACGCAAAUGCGACAAGUGCCAACGGCACGCGUCAAACAUACAUAGCCCGACCGAAAUUCUAAGAACUAUGACGGCUGCCUACCCAUUCAUGCGUUGGGUGAUGGAUAUCAUCGGACCAAUGCCAAGUUCCAGACAACGCAAAUACGCUCUGAUCAUGACGGACUACUUCACCAAGCACGGCCUUCCCUACGAGAUCGUCACUGACAAUGGCUCUCAGUUUAUUUCCAGCAACUUCUGUUGUUUUCUAGAACGAUGGGGGAUUCGCUUGAACACGGCGACGCCUCACUAUACGCAGUGCAACGGACAAGCCGAAGCCACUAACAAGAUGAUUCUCGACGGCAUCAAGAAGCGCUUGGACCUCAAGAAGGGUCAUUGGGCCGAUGAGUUGGACGGGGUACUUUGGUCACACCGAACAACUCUGCAAAGUGCAACCGGUCAGACGCCAUUCUCUCUGGCAUACGGGGGCGAAGCUAUGGCUCCGGCAGAAGUUAGCGUAACAAGCCUUCGUCGAGCAAAAAUGCCACCGAACGAGGAACUGAACAGAGAGAUGCUAUUCGAUGCCUUGGAUGCGAUCGAAUAG